UUGAGUUACGGAUCUGUAUGUUGGCAUAAUCAGUGUGUUGCACGUGUUUGGUUCAAGAUCAAAAGAGGUUGAUGUGCGUACAGCUUUAUCAUUUGUGAAUAGUAAUGGGUAAAGUUAAAAAUAAAGCCAAAAAGAAACGUAUGUCAGAUAGGGUAGUGAAACCUGAUUCUCAAAAGAAAAAGGUGCUGAAUCCGUUUGAAAUUCAUGUUAAUCGCCAGAAAUAUUCAAUCCUUGGAAGGAAAACUAAAAAUGAUAAAGGUCUUCCAGGUAUAGCUCGUGCGAAAGCAAUAACAAAGAGGAAAAAGACACUACUUCAAGAAUUCAGAAUAAAAGACAAGUCUAAUAGGUUUCUGGAUCGGAGAAUAGGUGAAAAGAAUAGUGCGAUGACAGCAGAAGACAGAAUUAUGGCUCGAUUUACUGUUGAAAGAAUGAAGAUGCACAAUAAGAAAUCAAUUUUUAACUUGGCUGAUGAUGAAAUAUUGACACAUCAUGGCCAAACACUGAAUGAAAUAGAGAAAUUUGAUGACCCGCGAAGCGAUGAUGAGGAGGAAGAAGAGACAGGAAAGCUUGAUUCGACAUUUGUUGAAGAUGCCCAUUUUGGAGGUGGUAUGCUAAAGAGAUCCAGUAGUGAAGGUCAUACUAGUAGAAAGGAUUUGAUUGAUCAGUUAAUUGCUGAGUCUAAAAUACGUAAAGCUGAGAAGCAGCGGGCUCGUGAACAAACAAUUGAACUGACAGAAAAGCUGGACACAGAGUGGAAGGAUCUGCUGCCAGUUGUGUCUGCUUCUAAGACAUCUUUGAAUAAUGUGGUUGAUAAUGAUGACAAGCCAGAUUCCUAUGAUACAGUUAUGAGACAACUGAAGUUUGAAGCUCGAGGAAAGCCAUUAGACCGACUAAAAUCAGAAGAUGAAUUAGCACGAGAAGAGAAAGAAAGACUCGAAAAAUUAGAAAGGGAACGAUUACAGAGAAUGCGCGGACUCAAAGAAGAUCUUGUACCUGAAAGGAAGCACAGAAGUGCAGAUGAUCUGGAUGAUGGUUUUGAAGUGGAAAGUGAAGAAGAAGUUAUGAUGAGUUACAAUGCUGAUGGGGAACUGGAGAUGAACACAAAUCAUGAACUAGAACAAGAUGAGAAGCAGGAUCAUGAACAAGAUGAAGAAAGAGAAAGGAACUCUUCUCAUUCCUCAGAAGAAUCUGAGCAGUUUGAUGAUAAUGAUGAAGAAGAUGAAGAUAACAUUGAUGAUUUGUCUGACUUGAAGAAUGUUUAUCACAGUGAUGAUGAGAAUACAGAAAAUAAAGGUAUGGUUGCUGAAAAUGUGAAUUUGGAAACAAUGCAAAGCACAGACAGAAAUUAUUGUGAAGACAGGACAGAAAAUAAAAUAAAAAUUGAUCUUCUGGCAAGGAAAGAAAUGAUGGAGAGAGCAAGAAGUGAAUUGCCAUACACAUUCAAGGUUCCAGAUACGUAUGAAGAGCUUCAGGCUGUACUCUGUGUUCAAAGUCCACACCACCAAGCUGUGAUUCUGGAGCGUAUGAUGAAGUGUAAUCAUCCUAGUUUAGGUGAAGGCAUGAAGGACAGACUAACUAAUCUUUUUGGCUUCCUGUUGCAACAUCUUCAGGACACAGCAGUUUCCACUGAGAAUGAAGAGGGUUGCAACUGUUUUGCUGUGCUGGACAGCAUACUACCUCAUCUGUAUGAUUUGUCACAGAUUACACCCCAGAAUACUGGUCAUUGUGUUGCAGACAUACUGAAGGAGAAGCAGCAGGACUUCAGAGCACACUGCAACUCUUUUCCUGGACUUGAUACACUGGUGUUCCUGAAGCUCAUCUCCCACCUGUUUCCUACGUCAGACUUCCGACAUCCUGUGGUGACACCUGCUUUUGUGUUUAUAUGUCAGAUGUUGCAUCAGUGUAGAGUGAAGACUACUCAGGACAUAGCAACAGGCCUGUUCCUUGUGACACUCAUACUGGAAUACACAGUUCUUUCCAAGAGGUUUUCUCCAGCAGUCGUCAAUUUUCUUUGUGGCGUGCUUGACAUGGGGGUGUCCAAAACAUGUGCAAAACUGGUUUCUGUUGUGUAUCCAGUGCACAUAGCUGGCAAGGCUAGAAAUCUGCUUGUUCUUUCUGAGCCUUCCACAGUUAGUAACAAUGAAACUCAGCUGAUGAAUUUAGAUGAUCUACAAGAGACGCUUCCUGAAGAUGAUAGUUUUAAAUUACGUGCAUUACACACAGCUGUGAAACUUUUACUGGAGUUUUGUUGCCAUUUAGAAAACAUGUCUGCAAGUUAUCACAUUUUCAAGCCUGUUCUCACUACACUGAAGCAGUUGGAGGUGGUAAAAUAUCCAUCCUUUCUUCAAGAAGACAUUAAAAGUGUCAUUUCAAAGGUAGAGAAAAUGGAACAACAAAAACUGCAAUUCUUGGUUAUGGAAAAGAAGAAACCUAAAGCUUUGCGGUUGUAUGAACCGAGAGUUGAAGAAGUGUUUGAUGGAAGGAAGAGGCGACCCAUGGGAAGGGAAAGGCAGGAGCACGAAAAGUUACUGCAUAAAUAUAAACGUGAAAUGAAAGGAGCUAUUCGUGAGAUUCGCAGAGACAAAUCUUUCCUUGCCAAGCUCAAGCUUAAACAAACUUUACAAAAGUGAGUAGAACAAUACUUUGAGCACAGAUGGCA